UCCAUUUUAAAAAGACAGUUAUUGAACGGCAGCCGCUAUGCAUUACACACAGAAAAUACAAAACAACCAACGUUUUCUCUUCAUUAUGCUCUUCAAUCUGUCCUCCAUUGAAGCAGCUUGUGAGCUUUCUAUCCUCCAUUGAAGCAGCUUCUGAGAACCCUUCAAUUAAUGUCAGGAAGGAACUAUGAAAAUGACUUUUUUAUCCCUGGGCCGAGGGCGGCUGCCCCUCCUGCCUUGGCUCAGGGUCAAGAACUCUGUUUUUGUUCGUCAGAAAUCUGCAUAUGCUGCUGCCCUUUUGAGUUCUUGGUUCACUGAUUCUAGCUCUGAUGAACAAACUGUUUCGAAUUCUAAUAGGAGUAGUCAUUGUAGUAAUAGUAAUAGUAGUAGUAGUAGUGAUGUAGAGGAUCAAGUGCAUGAAUUAGACACCAAUAGGGUUAUUGAAAUCUUGAAGGGUUUCGGAAGUGACCCGAAACAGGCCUUUUUGUUCUUUUUUGAGUUGAAGGAACGAGGGUUUCGACACAAUGUUGAAACUUAUGUCUCGAUUAUUAGGAUAUUGUGCAAUCGGGGUUCCUCUAGAAUGUUGGAAGGUUUGUUGUUGGAGGUUAUUAGGUCAAAGAAGGAAGAAUUGGGUUUUGGCAUUACUGAGUUGAUGGAGGUUGUUUUUGGGUUACUUGAGGUUGAGGUUGAAAUUAGUGGUUCACUGGUUAAGGUGAUUGAUGCUUUGGUGAAGGCUUAUGCUAGUUUGGGUAUGUUUGAAGAGUCGGUUGAUGUUUUGUUUCAAACACGAAGACGGGGUUUGGUGCCUUGUAUAUACUCUUGUAAUUAUUUAAUAAAUUGCUUGAUUGAAAAGGGUAAGUUGGACAUGGCUGAGGCUAUAUACCAACAAUUUAAGAGGAUGGGUUUGAACCCCAAUGUAUAUACUUACAAUCUUAUGCUUAAGGUUUUUUGUAAAAAGGGUGAUACUAAGAAAGCAGAUGAUGUACUUACGGAGAUGGAGAAAGCUGGCGUAAAAGCAAAUGAAUAUACUAAUGGCACUAUAAUUGAAGGACUUUGUUCACUUCAAAAAACAGAUUUAGCAUAUGAAAUUCUUAAGCAAUUAAGAGAAAAUAAUGAUCCUGUUGACAAUUUUAGUUAUGACAUGGUGGUUCAUGGCUUCUGCAACGAGAAUAAAUUGAGUGAAGCUGAGGCUGUUUUGCUUGACAUUGAGAACCAAGGGCUGACUCCUGGUGAGUAUAGCUUUGGUGCUUUGAUUCAUGCAUAUUGUAAGAGAGGAAAUAUUCAAAAAGCAUUUUGUCUAGAAAGUGACAUGCUGUCAAAAGGUGUGAAAACAAACUGUUUCAUUGUGAGUUCCAUUCUUCAAUGCAUUUUUUCUAGGGGAACUUUUACCGAUGUUCUCAGUCAAUUUAAAACAUACAGGGACAUGGGGGUUUUUCUUGAUGAAGUUUGUUAUAACAUUAUGAUCAAUGCUAUGUGUAAGUUGGGUAGAGGAGAAGCAGCUCUGGAGCUGCUUGAAGAGAUGAAGCACAAAAACUUGGUCCCGGAUCUGAUUCACUACUCUACUGUGAUUAAUGGGUAUUGUCUUGAGGGAAAGCUUCUUGAUGCUUUGAACGUGUACAAGGAAAUGAAACAUAAGGGUAUUCAGCCUGAUCUCAUUACUUACAAUAUACUUGCAGGUGGUUUUGCUAGAAAGGGGCUUGCAAAAGAGACUUUGUCAUUUCUUGACUACAUGAAAACACAAGGUUUGACACCUGAUGUUGCUACACAUAAUAAAAUCAUUGAAGGCUUCUGUUUAGCCGGAAAUGUAAGAGAAGCUGAAAAUUAUUUCAAAAGUUUGGAGGAAAAGCACCCAGAUAAUUACUCUGCUAUGAUUAACGGGUACUGUGAAGCUAGACAUACACUGGUGGCUUUGAAUCUUUUUGUCAACCUUUACAAGCACGGAAUGUUUCUGAAGCAGACCUGCUGGAAGUUGCUUAGUUGCCUUUGCAUAGAAGGUCAAGUUGAGAGUGCAUUUGAUUUGUUUGAAACAUUGCUAGUCUCUGAAGAUUAUAAUUGCAUCAAAAUGUACUCAAAGCUUAUGUCAGCAUUGUGCAAUUCUGGAGAUAUAAAAAAGGCUAGGUGGUUGUUUGACAAUUGGAUAAAUAAAGGGUUGAAACCUGAUGCCAUUAUGUACACAAUAAUGAUAAAUGGGUUUUGCAAGUCUAAUCUUAUGUCGGAGGCCUGGGAGCUUUUACGUGCUAUGAAGGGCAACGGUAUUCUGCCUGAUGUUGUAACUUUCACAGUUUUGCUCGAUGGUUGUUUAAAGUCAAUCUCGAUGUAUUCUCGUUCACGCCCAAACAUUUAUCUAUGUGAGAAAGCCACAGAAUUUGAAUCUGAAAUGUCCGAAUUGCAGCUGAAACCUGAUGUUGCUUGUUAUACUGUGUUGAUUGACAAACGCUGCAAGAUGAAUGAUAUCAAGGAUGCCAUUAAGCUAUUCAAAGAAAUGAUGGAUAAUGGUUUGCAGCCUGAUAAUGUGACAUACACAGCUCUCCUAUCUGGCUGCUAUAGAGUACAUGAUGUGGACACAGCUGAGACGCUUUUUGAUGCAAUGACUGCUCAGGGUUUACAGCCUGAUCAAAUAACCAGAUCACUGAAGUCAAAAUUAGAACAUGGUAUAUUGAAAGCUAAGAAAUUGCAGUUCACACAUUGAGCAAGCUGAUAAAUGGUUUCAGUUCCAAAAAUCAAAGUCAAUGGGUUAGCUCUGUGACCAUUGCUUAGAGGUGAUUCACAAGUUGUUAUCCGGAAAUAUAAAGCAAGAUACUUUGUAAUAUUAAAAAUUAGCUGGUACAAGAGCAGAGACUUUUGAGGGAAAAGUAGGAACUAAUGAUGCUAUCUUGCUUUGUUUAUCUUGAAGUGAGUUAUGAGCAACAUUCAACAAAAAAAUUUCUUACUGUCCAUACAAGCUUGUUUCUGUCUGAACUUUGGUCUGCAGUUGCUCACUGCUUUUGACCGAUUUCUUUCGAUUUUGAGAAUUGAAUAUAAGAAGGUUAUAUGCAUGAAAGUCAAUCGCCAAUGUGGCAUUGGACUUUUUGAUGUGUGCUGAGCUUGGAAAAAGCUUACAAUAGGGGUUAUCUGCUCUAAAAGUUCUUAUGGUUUAACAUUAUUCAAUGGUUGCGUGUACAGGUGUUCAAUAGCUAUAUUCUGAUAAAAUUUUAUUGCACCCCAAAAUGAAUUGUCAAGUAUUCAUACCCUUGUCAGAUUGUUAGAGGAUUGGACUAUGGCUAUGGGUAUUUGAGGUGAAGCGAAGAACUUGACUAACGUAGCACUUUCUUCUUAUGGCUGUGUCCACCCUUUGAUGUGAUGUUGGUGCUUGAGUUGUGUCCUGUGACCACAUUCUUGGUUGGGUAGCACCUUGCUCUUUAUCGUUGCCUUCACCCAUUCAGAUUGCAGAGACUAUAGUACUCUCAUUGAGUAGGAUGAGAUUAAGAAUCUUGCAGCUGCUUGAUUCAGAAAGUCAGGAAUAGAGAAGUGUCGUCAGCACGUUUGGUAAGUGUUUAUAAAUGGUGGUAAUGGGAAUAAAAUGAUGUAUGAAUUUUUAAGAAAAAUCAAUGUUUAUUCCCUUGGUGAGGCUAGUUCACCCCAAAUGAUCUCUUUUUUCCUCACAGAUUUUCAAAAUUAUUAUCAUUUGGGGGGUGGGGGGUGAUAACUGAUAAUUGUGAUGAAAAACACAAAUUAGGGGUGCAUCACUAAUGGACACAAGGAUGUUACUUGUGAAAUUAUUUUUAAAUUUAUUCCCAUUACCGUUAUUUAUUACCGACUACUAAACGGGUUGUGAGGGCAUUGUUUGGUCUACUUCUCUAUUAUGGGAAUCAAGGGCGGUUGUUGUUGCAUUAAACUUGGUCAGACUGGUACAUGGAACGAAAUAAGCCCAAGGAUACUAAUGAAUUGCCGAGGCAAUUAAUGAUUUGUUUGUUAGCUUACCUUGAUUCGAUGAGCAUAUAUAAUCGAAUUUGCUCUAGAUCUAUAUAUAUUUGGAUCAGUGGUGUUAGCUACUCUAGAAUUUCUGGACGUAUAAGUAGGCAAUUGUGUUCAUAUGGGACAAGAUUUGAGUGUAUUUGUUGUAUCCUUGUGGGUAAAGUAUUUGACUAGUUUUAGGUGAUUAUUUGAAGAUGCAUGCGAAUAGAGUAAAUGAGUAAUAACGGCAAUUACUAUGUAAAAUUCUAUCCAUUUAUACGAAUUAAGUGGUACAAGAAUCUAAUGGAAGCUCUUUUAAAAAAUUCUUCCUUUUUAUAGAGGCUUUAGUAGCUAUUUGACAAAACUGGUAUUAGCUGGUUUGUAAUUGGUUAUAAA